AUGGUUGGAAAAGAUUCAAAAUUUUCUGAAAAACCUAUAAUCUUGAUAAAUAAUUUAAAUUUUUAUAGUCAUGAUCCGUGGAAAGCUUGGAUAUCAUAUAGGACCAUUGUAGACAAUGAUCAAAUAAAACUUUUGACCAAUGAGAAUAUUAGACGAUUUCUUAAACUUUUAUGUGAUAAUUUGAAUGAUAUGACUUUCGAAUGGCUUGAUAAAGUUAUGAAAGAUAUAUUUUCAAAUAAUCUAAAGAAAGUUAUGGAUUCAUCUCUUUAUGUAAGUGUAUUACAAUCAUUGGCUGGACGAGGAGAUACUAGAAUCAUAGCUGAUGUGAUAAGACAAAUGACUUUAAUGGGAUAUUAUGUUGAAAAAUCACAAUUAAAUGACAUUUUGUCAAAAUUUCCGGAUUUUGAUUCAGCUUAUAAAAUCAUCGAUGCCAUAAUUUCAAGUCAUCCGCAAGCUGAUUACGAAUGGUAUCAUAUUUUGAUAUAUAUGUAUUGUGAUAAUGAAGACACCGAAGCAGCGAUAAAAAUACUUAGAUUAUAUAAUUUGUCAGGUCAAAGACCAACAAUAAAAUUUUACAGUACCAUAAUUCAUAAACUUUGUAAAAAGAAUGAAAUGGAGUUAGCAGAAGAACUGGUAAAAGAAAUGAUUGAAUAUUUUGGACCUCCAAAUGCUCUAAUGUUUAAUGCUUUAAUUAGUGGAUAUGGUAGAAAAAAUGAUAUGAAUAUGGUAAUUAAAACUUAUAAUGAGAUGCAAAAAUUAGGUGUUGAACCGGAUAGAAGUGUAUAUACUUCUCUUAUAUUUGCAAAUUUACGCACAAGGAAUAUAGUUGAAGCAUCAAAGAUAUAUAAGAAAAUUGUUAACCAAGAUCUAAAACAUCAUAAAUAUUUGUUCAUUGCUCUUCUUUAUUUACGUGGAAUUAUCGUGGAUGCUAAAGGUGCAAGAGAAAUUUUUGAAAAAAUGAAAAUAAUUGGAAUUAUUCCUGACACAAUUAUAUAUAAUCAUCUCAUAUUUGCACAUAGUCGUGAAAAACCAGUUGAUAUAGAAAAGAUUGAAACUUUAUAUUUAGAAAUGUUAUCAGAAAAUUUAGAACCUAAUAUAUAUACAUUUGAACUCAUAAUUUAUGCUUUGUCCAGAAACGGAGAUCAUGAAAAGUAUUCAGGGGCUUUUAAUGAGAUGAAAAAGAGAAAUAUACCCCUAACGUGUAACGUUUUCAACCCACUAAUUCGUUCUCUUGGUUUGGCGAGGAAAACAGAAAUUGCUUGGAAAUAUUUCAAUCGAAUGAUAAGCGCAGGAAUAAAACCAAAUUUAUAUACAUAUACUUCGAUUAUAACACUCGCUGUUGCAAGUUCAAACUUUGCAAUGGCUUUCAAAGUAUUCAAUGAUUUAUUAGCAAAUGGUUUAACCCCUAAUGUUUAUGUUUAUUCUUCCAUUAUCUCUUCGUUAUGUAAAUCAGGAAAUGUUAAUUAUGCUAUUAAAAUACUUAUUCAUAUGAAUAAUCAGGGAGUUGCUCCUAAUAUAGUUACCUUUACCUCAUUGAUACAAGGUUUUAUGAUUACGAAAAAUUAUGAAGAUGGGAAAAAAGUAUACGAAAUCAUGAAGCAAUCUAAUGUAAUUCCAGAUAGAAUGACUUAUUAUCAUUUAGAAAAAUUAUAUAAAAGAACAGAACACUUUAAUGAAAUUCGAAGCUUACAUGAAGACAUGAAAAAGUAUGGAAUUGAUCCCAAUUCACGAGAAAGAAUUUUAACCAAGGGGAAAGGUUCAUAUUAUUGGAGAACGAGAUUCUUGAUUUAUCGAAGAAUUGAACGACAAAAGGCUGCAAUUAAUCCGAAAGAACAAUACGCUAUAAAAAAGCGACAGCGUAAGUUAUGGAAACGACGCGAUAAACUGAAGGAAAAGGCUUUACAAAGAUUGUAUGCAAGACUUGUAAAAGAAAACGAAAGCAUGGAACAAUAUUCUGAAUGGAAAAAGAAAUACGUUCAAGAUAAUUUUGUAGAAUUGCAGCGUUUUAAAAAAGCAGAGGAAUUCCCUUUCUAA